GAGCCUCUAGCCAUGGCGUUCCAGUGUCAGCGGGACAGCUAUGCCCGGGAGUUCACCACCACCGUGGUCUCUUGCCGGCCUGCGGAGCUGCAGACCGAGGGCAGCCAGGGCAAGAAGGAGGCGCUGAGCGGUUUCCAAGUGGUGCUGCAAGACACGUUGCUUUUCCCCGAGGGGGGCGGACAGCCUGAUGAUCGUGGUACCAUCGAUAACAUUUCUGUGCUGAGAGUGACUCGUCGGGGUGCCGAGGCAGAUCAUUUCACACUGACUCCUCUGACCCCUGGGAGCGAGGUUCAGGUUCGGGUGGACUGGGACCGAAGGUUUGACCACAUGCAGCAGCAUUCAGGGCAACAUCUCAUCACUGCAGUGGCUGACAGUCUGUUUGGGUUGAAGACGACAUCAUGGGAGUUGGGGCGGCUGCGCUGUGUGAUAGAGCUGGACAGCCCCUCUGUGACCGCAGAGCAAGUCUCUGCCAUCGAGCAGAAUAUCAAUGGGAAAAUCAGGGCGCGGCUGCCGGUGACAGUCCAGGAGCUCAGCCUGGAUGAUCCUGAGGUGGAGAAGGUCAGGGGCCGGGGCCUGCCUGAUGACCACGCUGGGCCCAUCCGAGUUGUCACCAUCGAGAGUGUCGACUCCAACAUGUGCUGUGGCACCCAUGUGAACAAUCUCAGUGACCUCCAGGUCAUUAAAAUCCUGGGCACUGAGAAGGGGAAAAAGAACAAGACUAACCUGGUGUUCCUGGCUGGGAACCGUGUUCUGAAGUGGAUGGAGAGAAGCCAUGGAACCGAGAAAGCACUCACUGGCCUACUUAAGUGUGGGCCAGAGGAGCAUGUAGAUGCGGUGCAAAAGCUACAAAACUCCACCAAGCUUCUACAGAAGAACAACCUGACUCUACUCCGUGACCUGGCCGUGCACACUGCCCGCAGCCUCAGGAACAGCCCUGACUGGGGCGGGGUAGUCAUGCUUCACAGGAAAGAGGGUGAUUCCGAGUUCAUGAAUAUCAUUGCCAACGAAAUUGGGUCAGAGGGGACCCUUCUGUUCCUGACUGUGGGUGAGGAGAAAGGUGCAGGCCUCUUCCUUCUGGCAGGGCCAGCAGAGGCUGUGGAGACCCUGGGAUCCAGGGUGGCUGAAAUCCUGGAAGGCAAAGGAGCAGGAAAUAAAGGCCGCUUUCAGGGCAAGGCCACCAAGAUGAGUCGGCGAGUGGAAGUGCAGGCACUUCUUCAGGACUAUGUCAACAGGCAGAGCUCUGAGGAGUAAGCGUCAAUGGGCCUCAGUCUUUUGGACAAUAAAAUAGUUUGGUGCAGGCCCACAUAUGACCAGUUUAAUCCCUGUACUCUGGAAUGCGCUGUGUAGGAGUGAAUAUAGUUUUCUAACUUGGCCCCUUGGAGGCUUGACUUCUGUGGAGGUCACGCCCUGGGCACUAAGUCACUCGGGCUAUGGCAGGCUGAGACUUGGCAGCUUGAGGAAUAGGUAGGUUCCUGGCUGUGUGUCACUCAAGCCUCAAACUCCUCCCCUGUGUGAGGAAAGCAUUUUUGAUUAUAAUUAAUAAAAGAAAACAUCUCUUUUUCUUCUUUUU